UGCAAUGCGAAAAAUUUAAUUUCGAGGGUAUAAUUUGAUAAUUGUUAAACCUUUUGGGUACAAAGUGUGAUUCCCUCUAAAAUCAAAAUCCACUUUCAAACGUGAACCAAAUCACAUGCUUUCCACGACCACUACUCCAUAAGCUCAUUUGACUAUAUAGCGCAAUCAAAAUCAUCCAGGUCACACAAAAACCUUGUUUUUAUUCCCAGCAACAAAGGUCAACUAUAGACACGUGCAAUCCAUGUGACAUCUCCGUACGUGGCAAGCGGACAAGACUUUAACCAUGGUAAGAGAGUGGUACCACCCACACUGGAUAAGAGCUCAUCGCAUUAAAUUCCCAAAUGCUGACGUGUCUUUCGCCCACAAACUCCAUCGACAAACCGUAAAGAAGACGGGACGCAGACGCACCACAAACCCCCUCAGUCAACCACUACGCAUUCCUACUUCACUUUAAACCCCUCAAUAAACAACCAAAAACCACCGCCACCGCCAUCAACAGACCCAAGCACUCGUCAAACCACCAUGAUCAGCAUAGCCCCUGCUCCAUCACCGGAACAUUACGAUACACAGUGGGCCCCAUCACCUUCCAUGGCAUAUAUGCACCAAUCCUCGUCACCACCGCCGUUGCCGUCCAAAUCUUCCAUCGAUUUCAGUCCACCGUUGAUAGUUAUGGUGGUAAUCAUCGCCACCGCUUUUGUCAUCAUCACUUACUCACGCCUAAUCUCUCGCCACAUGCUCCACCUCCACCGUCGCUACCGCCGGUGGCGCCGGCGCCGUCCCCCGUCCUCCUCCGUCGGUGACAUCGAAUCUCAGUCCCUUCCUUACUCCUUCGAUCCAUCAGACGCGUUUCAUGUCCUUUCGCCGUACGGCCUCGACGAGUCCGUCAUCAAAACCAUUCCUCUUUCGAUAUACACCAGAAAAUCCAACGUCCAUGAAUGCGCAGUGUGUCUUCUGGAGUUCGAAGAGAACGACUAUGUCCGAACACUUCCGGUUUGUUCGCACGCGUUUCACGUGGACUGUAUCGACAUAUGGCUUCGUUCUCACGCGAAUUGUCCUCUGUGUCGUGCUGUAAUAUUCCGGCCGGAAUCGCCUUUUGUUCCAGUGAUGGCCGCGAGAAUUCGGCCAAGCCUCGAUGAUAUAAUCAUGGCAAGCACAAUUCUCGAACCGUUGAAUGAAUCUCCGCCGGAAAAUGACGCAAGUUUCGGAGAAAUCACGCACGAGGCUUCGCCAAGAAGGAACAACCAGUCAGAGGACCGAUUCAACGGCCGCGAUUUUCUGUUGAAGAGAUCGUACUCGUUCGGAUUUGAGCGCAAUUUAGGGUCGGAGAGGUUGGUGCUAGAGCCUGCGACGGCGUCGCCGUGGCGGUAUAGACGAGGAGGUGGUUUCUGGAGCAAACGCCCAUCCCCGUUCAGUUCGUUAACGAAGCCUAGGGUGUUCUCUUUCAGAUACUACAGAGGAAUGAAGUCUCCAUUUUUCCGGCGGCGUAGCGGUGGUGGCUUUUUUCCGUUGUCAGAAUCAAGUGUUAGGUACGCCGGCUCAGCCGGAGGCGGUGGCUCUUCGCGGCGGAGUAAAUCGUUCGCGAGCCCGAUGUUCAUGAGAUCGUCGGCUUCGGUGGCAGCUGGGCUGUUUUCAUCGAGCCGGCUGAGGAGUGGUGAUCCAGAGGCUUUGCUGUCACCUGAGAGAUUUAACAGACGGUAGGAUUGAGACCCACGUGGGAGACAAUGUUUUUGAUCAUCGGGAAAUGAACGGUCGGAGAUGGGGGUGAGGGUGACGAGGAGGAGCGGGGCGUGGUGGUGGAGAUGGGGUCAGGGGGCUUUAAUGGAGGGUUGGCAAGCGUGAAUUAAAUGAGGGUUUUAGGGCAGCGGGUAGUUUCGUGUAAGGCGGUCAUUAAUGGUGAGAGGUGGUGGCAUUUAAUGAAGAAAUUGACGAGAAGGGUUUUGAUUAUUGAUUCACGGUCACACAUGGAGAAAGAGUUCACAGGUCACUUUCUCUCUCUCUAAACUCUUUAUCUCUCUAUGUGUAUAUAUAUAUGAUAGGAGAGAAGUAUAUAUAUAUAUACAGGAUUCUUUGUUGCAGUGAACCCGUAGUGUGGGAGAUGAGUGGGUAAUCAUAAAUGUGAAGAGCUGGCUGGGCCUUUGCUUUCAAUUUCUCUUUUUCUUGUUUUGGGAAUGCGGGAAAUUGAUGAUUUGGAUUCUCGCAUCGGCUUUUAUGGUGGUUUUUGAUUUGAUACCAUAUCUCUCUCUUUCACACUCUGUCUCUC